GUUUGUUUGACGACCGCUAAACGUAUGAAAACAUCUACAUAACCUAAAAAAAACGAAUAGCGUGGUAAACGAAUUUUCGAUUGAAAAUUCGAAAUGGCAGAGAAAAGAGUGACCAGAUCUUCAAGUAAACAACAAAGUGAUGAAAGUGAAGUGGCGAAAAAGACAAAAGGAACACCAACCGUAGCACAGAUCAAAUCAGACAAAUUGACAUUGUUGGCAAAUCAAUAUUGGUCACCUACUGAAAGUGGGAAGCAUUCGCCAUUCAAUCCAGACAUUAUUGUUGAAAUCUAUCGAACGGAAAUAAUUGGCGCAUCGGCUCGCUUGCGAAAUAUCAUUUUGUUGGAAUUCAGUCAGUAUUUGGAGAAUUAUUUGUGGCCAAAUUUUGAUGCAGCAACCAGUUCCAUUGAACAUGUCCUAUCAAUUGUGUUUAUGUGCAAUGAAAAAUUCCGUGAACGUGUCGAUGCAUGGAAUUCAUUUGAAAAAAAUCCCGCACAAUUUUCGGGCUUCUUUCAAAAAGUCUUGAAUUAUUGUUUGUCCGAUGAAAAAUUUACACCGAUUGUGGCAAAACAACAAACCGCUUUGAUUCUAUUUUUGAAUCACUGUUUCAACAGCAUGGAAGUUGAAUUGUGUCGCAAUCAAACGAAAAAAUUGGUAUCACUUGGGAUGUGGCAAUGUUUGCAGCCAAAUCGCCGUGAAGCCGAAUUGGCCAGCACACCGCAAUGGAAGAAAUUUUGGAAAAAGUUACAAAAAAAAGACAAACCCGAACAAAAGGAACAAUUGGAAUUUGAGCGAUUUUUCUUGCAACGUUUAAUGGUGAAAUUCAUUCGAAUUUUGGAGGAAAUUCCAGAAGAUGGACAAAUCUCAAUCGAUACGGUUCGGUAUUGUGAGCGGUUUUUGGAGUUCAUAAUUGAUUUGGAGGCUUUAUUGCCAACAAGACGGUUUUUCAAUACUGUUCUGGACGAUUGCCAUUUAGUGGUUCGUUGUGCAUUGGCACCGUUGGUGCGUCGACCAGAGGGACAACUUUUCUUGCAACUGCUUGACACAUUAAAAUUCUAUUCACGCUUCGAAAUUAAUGAUGAAAGCGGUGAUGCUUUAACCGAUCAUGAUAUGACACAAAUUCAUUACAAGAAAAUCAUUGCAUUGCAACGUGCAGCAUUUUCAAAAUUUGAAAAAUUGAAAUUGUUUGCAUUAACAAAUGUGGCGGCGGUUGAUACUCGCGAAAAGCUAAAAUCACAUUUUGAUACAUUGGAUGAAGAUAGUCUCAAGUUGAUUGCACGAUCACUGUACCUACUUCCGAAUGAAAACGAUUCAGCAAAUUUUACCUGGCAUCGCACUGAUGUUGAAUUUUUACGCGAACUCUUGAUCUCGCGCCACGAACGACGUGUCUCUCAAUUAGACGCAUUGAACGAUAUGCCACUCUAUCCAACCGAAAAUAUAAUAUGGGACGAGAAUAUAGUGCCGAAUGAAUAUUACUCUGGCGAAGGAUGUUUGUCGUUGCCAAAGUUAAAUCUUCAGUUUUUAACAUUGCAUGAUUAUUUGUUGCGAAACUGUAAUUUAUUCCGAUUAGAAUCGACAUUCGAAAUUCGUCAAGACAUCGAAGAUGCGGUCAGUCGAAUGGUGCCAUGGAAAGACGAAGAGGGUGAAGUAAUGUUUGCCGGAUGGGCUCGAAUGGCCCUUCCCAUAUCAUCAUUUGCCGUUGUUGAAGUGGCAAAACCGCAUAUUGGUGAAAAGAAACCAUCACGAGUUCGAGCUGAUGUCUCUGUCACGCUAAGCGUCCGUCCGGAAAUCCAAGAGGAAUGGGAAAAUUUGCGUAAACAUGAUGUUUGUUUUUUGGUUUGUGUGCAGCCAACAUGUCCGAUUGGAACGAAAUACAGUUAUCGUGAACCAUUUAUACCACAAGUGGGUCUCGUAAGUGUUCGUGGUUGUGAAAUCGAAGGAAUGUUAGACGCCAAUGGUCGGGUGAUUGAAGACGGUCCGGAUCCACGACCGCAAUUGCCUGGCGAAAAGCGAACGUAUCGAGUUUGGUUAGACUGCAAUCAAUAUCGAAUCGAUAUGGAUAAUUUACAGGAAAGCGGAAUUGAUGUUUAUGAAUCGUUCAACAUUAUUAUUCGUCGUAAACCGAAAGAAAAUAAUUUCAAAGCUGUUCUUGAAACGAUUCGCCAUUUAAUGAAUACUGUAUGCGUUGUCCCAGAAUGGCUACACGAUAUUUUACUCGGCUAUGGUGAUCCAUCGGCUGCUCACUACAAACGAAUGCAAUUCCAAGAGAAAACACUCAAUUUUAACGAUACAUUUUUGAACAUUAACCAUUUGCGCGAAAGUUUUCCAGAUUACAAAGUCGAGGUGAAGGGUGACGAGAAAGAACUGUCACUACCGAUGCUUCUGUCAUUCGAAGAUGUAAAGGAAUCGAAGGAAGAUGACGAGGACGACGAUGAUGAGUGUAUGGAAUUGCCGAAAAUCAUUAAAGUAGAACAAGGGCCAUUGCCAAGAUGUGGCCCAUAUCCAUUUGAUGAACCGAAAAAGAAUGCCAUCAAAUUUACACCAACACAAAUCGAAGCGAUUCGAUCCGGAAUGCAGCAUGGUUUAACGCUGGUUGUUGGUCCUCCAGGUACUGGUAAAACUGAUGUUGCCGUUCAAAUCAUCUCGAAUCUUUAUCAUAAUCAUCCGAAUCAACGAACAUUGAUUGUCACACAUUCCAAUCAGGCAUUGAAUCAAUUGUUUGAGAAAAUCAUGGCACUUGACAUCGAUGAACGGCACUUAUUGCGUCUAGGUCAUGGCGAGGAAGCACUUGAAACUGAAAAAGAUUUCAGUCGAUAUGGUCGUGUUAACUAUGUGCUUGCCAAACGUAUUGAUUUACUAAAUCAAGUGCAAAAGUUGCAAGAAUCACUUGGCGUCACUGGCGAUGUAGCGUAUACAUGUGAAACAGCAGGAUACUUUUAUCUGUAUCAAGUGAUUUCACGAUGGGAGAAAUUCUUAAGCGAAAUUGAGCAAUUUAAUGGGGAAAAUUACACGCCAACCAUUUUCAGUGAACAAUUUCCAUUCACACGUUUCUUCAAUGAUGCACCACAACCAUUAUUCCCUGGUCAAACGUAUGUGAAUGACUUGGAAGUGGCAAAGGGAUGCUUCGAAUAUAUUUCAAAGAUUUUCACACAAUUGGAAGAAUUCAGAGCUUUUGAAUUGCUGCGCAGUGGAUUAGAUCGUUCAAAAUACUUGCUGGUAAAGGAAGCUCGUAUCAUUGCGAUGACCUGUACACAUGCUGCACUGAAGCGUAAAGAAUUGGUUAACAUGGGAUUCAAAUAUGAUAACAUCUUAAUGGAAGAAUCAGCACAAAUUCUCGAAAUUGAAACGUUCAUUCCGUUGCUGCUGCAAAAUCCAUUGGACGGACAUAAUCGACUUAAACGAUGGAUCAUGAUUGGAGAUCACCAUCAAUUGCCUCCCGUUAUCAAAAAUAUCGCAUUUCAAAAAUAUUCAAACAUGGAACAAUCGCUAUUCACACGACUGGUUCGCUUGGGCGUGCCCACCGUUGAUUUGGAUAGUCAAGGUCGUGCUCGAUCAACUAUCUCAGCAUUAUACAAAUGGCGUUACAAGAAACUCGACGAUUUACAGCAUGUUUUGGAUAAAGUUGAAUACAAUUUGGCAAAUCCUGGCUUUGAAUUCGACUACCAAAUGAUCAAUGUCGAAGAUUUCAAUGGUGUCGGAGAGACCGAACCGAAUUUAUUUUUCUAUCAAAAUUUAGCCGAAGCCGAAUAUGUGGUUGCCGUUUUUAUGUAUAUGCGUUUAUUGGGCUAUCCAGCUGAAAAAAUUUCCAUUUUAACAACAUACAAUGGGCAAAAGCAUUUGAUUCGUGAUGUGAUUAACAUGAGAUGCGGUGAUAAUCCGCUGAUUGGACGUCCAUUGAAAGUGACCACAGUUGAUAAGUAUCAAGGUCAACAAAAUGAUUACAUUUUACUAUCGCUGGUUCGAACCAGAGCUGUUGGUCAUUUGCGCGAUGUUCGACGUUUGGUCGUUGCAAUGAGUCGUUCACGACUUGGAUUGUAUAUUUUCGGAAGAGUUGCAUUGUUCAAGGAUUGCUUUGAAUUGCAACCUGUUUUCAAUAUUCUACAGAAACGACCGAAUAAAUUGCAUUUACUGCCCGAAGAAAUGUUCCCCGGAGAGCGAAAACUUACCGACAAGAUUGCAGCCGAACCAAAAAUCAUUGAAAAUAUGAGCGAAAUGGCUGAUUUUGUAUACAAAUUAUACUUGAAACGCAUCAGCGAUAUGAAAGAAAAUAUGGAAUCAAUUCAGAAACUGUAUGAAAAACUACCCACAGAAGAUGAUGUCAAUGAAAACGAAGUGGAUGACGAUGAUAAGGAUGAAAAUAAAACGGAACCUAUGGAAACGGAGACAUUUGUUCAAACAGAAAUUCAAAAUGAGGUCGACGAUGUCGACGUAUCGCCUUCUUCAUCCGGCUCCGCAUAUUCAGCUGAACUUGCCUCUAACAUGCCGUUGGAUAUUUUAUCACACCUGCCAGAGCAAUUUGAAAUGAAGUUUAAAAUUCAACACCCCCGUUUAUCAUGGUUGAGUGACGAAAAGGGAAAUGAAUUACUUAACGAAUUAACCUGUAAAAAAAAAAGAAAAAAUCCUUCAUCAUUUGAAAACUGGCAAUGAAAAUCCAGACAUUUUUUCCUCGAUAAUAGAAGAAAUUUCUGGUCAUCUGAGAUUUGAUCCCAAAUUGGAAGAUUUCAUCACAAUAAUUGUAGAGAACAAACAAAACAUACUGAACAAUCCAGCACUGUUGGAUGAAUUAGUUGAAAAAGAGUUCUAUCGGAAAAACUAACUACUUCAAAAUAAAAAUACAAUUGUUUUCA